AUGGCGAAGAAACCUGCUGCUCAUUCAGCGGCCUCCAAAACCAGCACACCCGUCGGUGCAGCCAAACCCCUUCCUGCAGCCCGAACCGCAUCUGGUUCCAUUUCAACACCUUCAGUGACCCCGUCCAAACCUCUGACUGCGACCUCACUCUCACCCCGAUCUUCUCCGCAAGAGAUCAUUGUACAUGUAUGGAACCGGUAUCUUCAGGACACCCCUUCGCGGACGAUGCUACUCGAUGCUUUUAUGGCAUGGCUCGUGGUGGUCGGGGGUAUACAGUUCGUCUACUGCGUCUUGGCUGGCAACUAUCCCUUUAAUGCCUUCCUCUCCGGGUUUUGCGCUGCAGUUGGUCAGUUUGUCCUGACAGCUUCUCUGCGAAUGCAAACAUCCGAACGACCACCCGCCGGCGCAUCCACAACCGCCAAAAGGACCACAUCCAAGACGGUAGACGCACUCAGUGGAGAGUCGGUCGAAGAUGGGAAGGUCAGCACCGAGAGAGCCUUUGCAGAUUUUGUGUUCGGCAGCUUGAUCCUACAUGCCUUCUGUGUCAACUUCAUCAACUAA